CGGCUUGUGAGUUUUGACCGAAUCUAUCUAUUUAUUAUAAAGUAAAAUCUUCAAACGUUUUCACUCUGUAUCAGUUUUUGCAUAGCUAAAUUGAAAAAGUUUUAUUUAGCUAAUCACAAACAGCUUUUUCUAUCUGAAAAUCUGCAAGGAUAAGAAGAAAGGUUCUAUCGUUAAGCGUAGCAUUUAAUUCCGAAACAAGAUGUUCAAUCAACUAGGCAGUACGACUAACAAUCCCAACAAAGACAUGGAGGUGACAUCUCCGCCGGACGACACCGUGUCCUCGCUGGAGUUCUCGCCGCCUUCUGUGCCGCAAACCUUCCUCAUCGCCGGCAGCUGGGACUGCAAAGUACGAUGCUGGGAGGUGGAAGCUUCGGGCAAGACUGUGCCAAAAGCAGCACAAGGAAUGGAUGGCCCAAUACUUGAUGUAGCUUGGCAUGAUGAUGGUACAAAGGUGUUUAUGGCUUCAACUGAUAAAAGUGUGAAGUGUUGGGACCUUGCAGCUAACCAGACCAUACAGGUAGCUGCACAUGAUGCACCUGUGAGGACGUGCCACUGGGUCAAAGCACCAAACUACACAUGCCUCAUGACAGCCUCUUGGGACAAAACUCUCAAGUUCUGGGAUACCCGCAGUCCUGUGCCUAGUAUGACAAUGAAUUUGUCAGAACGGUGCUAUUGUGCAGAUGUCGACUACCCGAUGGCAGUGGUAGGCACGGCGGACCGCGGGCUGUGCCUGUACACGCUGGAGGGAGCCCCCGCAGAGUUCAAGCGCGUGGAGUCUCCGCUGAAGCACCAGCACCGCUGCGUGGCGGUGUUCCGCGACAAGAAGACCAAGCAGCCCGCGGGCUUCGCGCUGGGCUCCGUGGAGGGCCGCGUCGCCAUACAAUACGUCAACCCCACCAACCCUAAGGAGAACUUCACCUUCAAGUGUCAUCGGUCCACCGGCACCACUGGAGGGUAUCAGGACAUAUACGCGGUGAACGACAUCGCGUUCCACCCGGUGCACGGCACGCUGGCCACGGUGGGGUCGGACGGAUCGUUCUCGUUCUGGGACAAGGACGCGCGCACCAAGCUGAAGCCCUCGGAGCCGCUCGACCAGCCCCUCACCAAGUGCGCCUUCAACCACACGGGGCAGAUCUUCGCCUACGCUGUCGGCUACGACUGGUCCAAGGGUCAUGAACACUUCAACCCUGCCAAGAAAAGCUACAUAUUCCUCCGGCCUUGCUAUGAAGACCUCAAACCAAGAUCAACGUGAAGAAAAUUUGUUUUGUAGUUUUAUCUUUUUGUAAAAAAAUAUUUGUAAAGCCAAUAAAAUUUCAGUUCUCCAUCAUAUAAUGUACAGUAUCAGUGCCACAAGCAGCAUUCAAUCCUGAUAGUGUA